AUGGAGAAAGUGAAAAGUUUUGUGACAAAGGCUGACUUUGGAUCAGAAAUCGACUCACCACUGUAUUGUCUGAAGUCAAUUUUAGAAUCACCACAGGUCGUUCCCAAGGGUCAAUUUCUAUCUAAACUGGAUGAAAUACGAAGUUUGUCUUCAAAACUCUCGGAGAUCCAGCAUUUGUAUGAAGACAAUACAUGCGAAUUAAAUCGCCUAAAUUCGGAGCUAAAGGCUUCGGAAAUGAAAAGAAGAGAGAUUGAGGUGCGUCUGAAGCGACGUGAAGCAGAGUUGCGGGAAUUACGUGACGAGUUGACGUGUGAGAUUGAAAUGCGUUCACGUCAUGAAAAGCGGUCGAAUCUUGUUGAUGAUUUACAGGAAAGUCUGAAGGAUGCUAGGGAGAAAUUGAAAUCUAUGGAUCACGUGAGUAAAGAAAAUGAGAAACUGUUAGAGGAAAACAGUCGUCUGAAAGCCAAGCAAAGAGAAUUUGAAAGUUAUCGUCAACAAGCAUCUUAUCAACAGGAACUUGAACGUCAACUUUCGCAAAUGAGGGUCGCUGCCCAACUUGCUGAUAAUGAGUUACACGAAUUGUUGUGUCAGCGUGAAGAACUUCUGGCGAGAUGUGAAGCGGAGAAGUUAGCGAAGGAGAAUUCUUUGAUUCGCAACCGAGGGUGUGUUUCUGGAGCGCCUUCUGGUGAAUCUUGUAGAGUGGAAUUGCGGUGUUUUGGGAUGAGUCCACCUUCUUCUCCAGACUCAUCUCAGCCAGGAGUGGAUACGCGAACUGAGGUUCCUGUGUCAAGUGAUUUGGGUUUUGGAGAGUGUUUAGCAUCCGUUGUGAUGGUCGAUAAUCAACUGAAAGGAUUGGAGUCAGAUGUCUUGAAAGCUGAAAGCGAAUAUCAAAGUAUGAAGAAGAAGUUUAUCCUGCAAAGAUUCAUCUCGUUAGUUCUUCUGGCUGUUGUAAGACAUCGAGGCAGUGUUAUCGACAAUUCAAAGCAGUUAACUGAGCUUUUGAGCAAUGAAAUGAGUCGGCGAAAUUCACAGAUAAAUGGAAGACUUGAAAAAUUAAGUGAACAGGUUUCAAAUGCAGAAGUGAGAUUGAAUGAUACGAAGGAGGUGGUCUCAAAGAUGCAGAAGAGACAAAGUGAAUUAUGUGGUGAGAACAGACGGUUAACCGGUGAAUUGGGUAGAAUCAAAGAGGCGAAUGAGAUGGCCCUACACAAAUGGGAGAAUGAAGUGGAUUGUCUUAUGGCGGAAAAUCAGAAACUUAGUGCAGAGGUGACAUCUCUGCGUUGUCAUCUUGGCGAUAAUAAAGUGAAGAUGGAUGAAGAUUUGAAGAGAAUCGAUGAGGCUGCCAGUGAAGUAGAGCGGUUGAAUUUAAAACUUAGUGAUCUCGAAAGGGUGUAUAGUGAGUCGAAAGCUGUGAAUCAUAAUCUACGCGUGCAACUGAGUGAGCAAGUUAAUGCGAAUAAAGCAUUUAGAUCAGCUGCUGAAGAAGAGAUAGAACGAUUGAAAAACACUCUGGCUACUUCUGCUUCAGAAUAUGAAUCUGUUGUCAGUAUUAUGACGGAUGAACAUCGUCGAGAGAAAGAUAAACUGUUAUCAGACAUUAAAGUUGCGGAAGAUUCGAAGGAGAUGGGUCUGCGAGAGGCAGGUCGACUAAAAGUUCUUUUGGAAGAUACGGAGAAUGAGCUGAGGAAUGAAAAGGAGAAGGGAAUUCAAGCGUCAACUUUAUCACGUGCUUUUAAAAAUGAGGUGGCCGAGUUACGAUGCGAUCUGUCUAAAACACGAGAAAAUUUGUUAGAGGUUGAAGAGCGCUUGAAAAGUAGCAAUGUGUUAGUCGAUCGUUUACAGGCGACGAAUAAAGAUUUGACAGUUCAACUGUCAGCUACUGAGAAUUCCUGUUCAAUGAAGGAGAAAGAAAUCUGCAGACUGGUAACUCAAAUCGUUGAGCUGGAAUGUGAGAAUAAGCGAAGUAGUGAAAAGAUCGGUGAACUUGAAUGUUUUGUUGAGUCAGCGACAGGUGUGCAUAAGGAUCUGGAACAUCAGUGUGGAGUGUUUCGGAAGCAGGUGAGUGAAAUGGAAGCUGCCUGCUUGUCUACUCGUCAACAGCUGACUGAGACGAGAGAGCAACUGAUUAAAACGGAGGAAUUGUUGCAUAUGCAUAGAUUGCGUCUUUUACGUGCAGAGUUUGAGAGGAAUGAAUUGCGUACACGUUUAGAAUUGAUUGGGAGGAAAAGUGAAGUUGGUCGUCGAAGCAUCCGAUCAAACUCGGAUGUUGGCAGCGGUUUAUCAAGAGUAUGCUGUCGUGGAGGUGUCGAAGCGAAACCGAAUCAGGAUUCGAAAUCGGUAUGUGAAAGUUUGCUGAACCUGGUUGACAAGGAUGUUGUAUUAAAGGAAGGCGAGGAAAGAAGUGUAGUGGGUGACGAAAUGUCUACAACUAAUAAAGCCAUUAAGAAAAGAACUUGUGACGUUUCUGUUCAAAUCUGUGAUCCGUACAUUCACAUGAAAUGUGUUCAUCAAACGGUAUGUGGUGAUUGUUGUAUAUAA